AUGUUCCCAUGGAUCAUAUGUGAAGAUGUCAAUAAGCUUGCAUUAAGCCACCUGCUUUCUAUGUGUUGCUGUUCCAUUUCCCACAACUCAUUAGUCAGUUCGUCAGGAACCACCUUUAAGAAGCUUCUCAAAGUCAUCCUCAUCCACACCCAGGUUAAAGUUGUUGGCCAUCUCACCCUCAGCCUCGCUGACUUUUGCAACCUUUGUGCUAUGAUGGUGUCCACUGAUUUGGAGAACAUUGACACAGAAGUUAAUUCUAAAGCGAAGAGUCAUGUGACACUCCGGAGAGCAGUUUUAGAAGAAAUUGGAAAUAGAGUUACAACCAGAGCCACACAAGUAGCUAAGAAAGCUUCAAACACCAAAGCACCUGUUCAACCCACCAAAACAACAAAUGUCAACAAACAGCCGAAACCUGUUGCUUCUGUGAAACCAGUACAGAUGAAAAUGUUGGCUCCAAAGGAGCCUUAUCCUGCACCUGAGGAUAUCUCCAUGAAGGAAGAGAACCUCUGUCAAGCUUUCUCUGAUGCUUUGCUCUGCAAGAUUGAAGAUAUUGAUAAUGAAGAUUGGGAGAACCCUCAGCUCUGCAGCGACUACGUUAAGGAUAUCUAUCAGUAUCUGAGACAGCUUGAGGUUCUGCAAACCAUAAGUCCACAUUUCUUAGAUGGAAGAGAGAUAAAUGGACGCAUGCGUGCCAUCCUGGUGGACUGGCUGGUACAGGUCCACUCCAAGUUUAGGCUGCUGCAGGAGACCCUCUACAUGUGCGUCGCCAUUAUGGAUCGGUUUUUACAGGUUCAGCCAGUCUCUCGUAAGAAGCUUCAACUGGUUGGGAUUACAGCUUUGCUUUUGGCCUCCAAGUAUGAGGAAAUGUUUUCUCCAAAUAUAGAAGACUUCGUUUACAUCACAGACAAUGCGUAUACCAGUUCCCAAAUCCGAGAAAUGGAAGCUCUAAUUUUGAAAGAACUGAAAUUUGAGUUGGGUCGGCCUUUACCACUACAUUUUUUAAGGCGGGCAUCAAAAGCUGGGGAGGUUGAUGUUGAGCAGCACACGUUAGCCAAAUAUUUGAUGGAACUGACGCUCAUCGACUACGACAUGGUGCAUUAUCACCCUUCCAGGGUGGCAGCGGCUGCUUCCUGCCUGUCCCAGAAGGUUCUAGGCCAAGGAAAAUGGAACUUAAAGCAGCAGUAUUACACUGGAUACACCGAGAACGAGGUGUUGGAAGUCAUGCAGCACAUGGCCAAAAACGUAGUGAGAGUAAACGAAAACCUGACGAAGUUCAUCGCCAUCAAGAAUAAGUAUGCAAGCAGCAAACUCCUGAAGAUCAGCACGAUUCCUCAGCUGAACUCAAAAGCCAUUAAAGACCUCGCCCUCCCUCUGAUGGGGCGGUCCUAG